AUGGAUUCCACAAGCCCCUCCGACUCCGCAGCCACGCGCGCUCCCGUCCCUCCAAAGCAGCCCUCUGCCCUCCUCCGCCUCCCCAGCGAAAUCCGCAACAGAAUCUGCGCCCACGUCCUCGACACGCACUCCGUCAACGACCUUCUCUUCGAAGAGGCGCACGCCCUCGCCUCCACCUCCCGCCAGCUCCGCGCCGAGUUCUGGCCCUACUUCCUCGCCCGCGCCAUCUUCCGCGUGGACCUGCGCAAUUACGCUGACUUGCUCUCCAUAUUCUAUCCGCCCACCUCGCCAGACGUUGUGCGCGCCUACGUCGGUACCGUCGGCGCCAAAUGGGAUGGUGCGCGAGGCCGGAGUCUGGACUUGCUCCCGCUGGUGGGGGUAAUGCGCGCGUCGCCAAAUCUACGCUUCACCCUCGACGCGGAGUGCACGUGGCUCUGUUCCCGGAAGGCGCUCACGUCUUUUCCUGAACUACGCCCGCACCAGUCCCAUCUGGGUCGUUGCGCCACUGCUUUAUUCACUUACGCUGCGCUUGCGCGAGGCGCAGAUGGCGGAGGGCUCGUGGAAGAUGAACUGGAUUGUGGAUGUGGGACUGAGGAGGGAUUUGAGACGGGUGUAUGAGGUGCUGGGGUUUUUGUGCUGGCUGGGGAUGAGGGCGGAUAGAGGGAGGGAGGGAGUGACGGUGCAUAAUACUUGAGAUCGGG